AUUAGAGAAAGAUACUUGCAAACUGCACCCCAUGUUAUCCUUCCACCAUGGUGUAAACGCGCAUGUAAACGUAGCCACAUGGCCACAGUCAGCGCAGCGGAAGUGUCGUUCAUCUAUAAUUUGUUGCUUAUUAAAAAUUGCGAAAUAUAUAUUUAGUUGGCUCAGGGAUCGUAUUUAUUUUGUUGAGCAUGGAUUACAAGGAUGAGCAGAUCAAUGAGAUUGAGGCUUUGGAGUCGAUUUAUUGCGGGGAAUUGGAGAUUUUAGCGACAGAACCGUUCUAUAUAUUUGCUAUACCGAUUAAAACAGAAGAAUAUGAACCAGAAACUGGCAACGGCCUCAGUUGUCAGUUAGAAUUUACAUAUACAUCCAAAUAUCCAGAUGAGCCACUGCUUAUAUCAAUUACAGAGCAAGAAAAUUUUGAGGAUGGCGACGAGAAGUUGAAGGCACAUCUGAUAGAACAGAUGAAUGAAAAUCUUGGAAUGGUGAUGGUUUUUACGUUGGUUAGCACAGCUCAAGAAUGGCUUAAUGUACAAUGGGACAAGAUAAAAUUGAAGAGAGAAGAGAAUGCUGCACAAAAGCUGAAAGAGGAAGAAGAAGCAGAAAGGAGACGAUUUGAGGGAACUCGUGUAACAGUGGAAUCUUUCUUAAACUGGAAAGAAAUGUUUGAUGAAGAAAUGGGCUAUACAAAACGGAAAGAAUUGACAGAUCGCGAGGGAAAAAAAUUAACAGGCAGGGAAUUAUUUAUGACUGAUAAGACUCUGGAUCAAUCAGAUCUUAAAUUUUUAGAUGAUGGUGAUGCUGUAAAAGUGGAUGAGAGUUUGUUCCAAAAUCUGGAUGACUUAGAUUUAGAUGAUGAUGAAGAUGACCCAGAUUAUGAUCCAAAUAUCUCGGAUAAUAGUGCCUAAACAAGUUUGAUUCAGUAACUACCAAAGUGAUGCAUAGAACAAAUUGAACAAGAAUUUAUUAAAUUAUUAAAAAAAAAAGGAAAAAUGAGUAUGUAUAUAAAUAAGUAAAUAUAUAUAUAUAUAUAUACAGAGUGUCCAGCAAUUAUUGAUAAACCGCUUUUGUGUAGAUAAAGCGGAUUAAACUGAGUCGAAAAGUCCUCUACCAU